GAUCCUGCAGUACGCGCGGUCCUCUUCACAUUCGAAUUCUCCGAAACUUCUCGUGCCUAUUUUCUCUCCGCUUUCUCUCUUUCUCUCUCCUUUCUCUCUCUUCUCCUCCUUUCUCCUUUUUUUCUCCUCUUCAUUCCGAUUGCAAAGUUUCGCCCUCGCCUCGACGAACUAUUUCAAAAAUUCCGUCGUUAUCGAGCCACUGAAGCACAGCCUCCGCUUCUUGAGUAUCAAAACUACUCGUGGCCCAACUAUAGUUGCCCUUUGGCAGGCUCCCGCGGACGGGAUCCUCGCGGUAAGCCCCCGUCAGCACGCGGCGGACGGCUUCGCCGUGUUUUUCCUAAGAAAGUACACGCGCGAGAGAAAAAGAGAUCAAGGGAAAGAGCGAGAAAAAUCUUCCCCUUCCCCCUCUUCGGUCUCUCGCUGCUCGUGCCUCUCUCCCCUUGUUCGCCCGGCAGAGUUUACACACGCGACCCUCUCCGGCCUCUCUGGCGAAGCCAGUUCCGUUCGAGACACCGCGCCUGUCGGUCGUCUCAUCCGCUCUCUCUGGCUUACCUGCGCAACCCUCUCUCUUUCCCUCCUGGGUUUUACCUGGCCAAGACUCUAACGCGUGCUAUAAUACACUUCGCGGAAACCCUCUUCGGGGACGUUGCGAACCAAAAGAAUAUGAACUUCGACGUGCAAACAUUAGGCCACCCUUACGAAAGAGCACGUAAACGUUGUCUGACUGUGUGAAAAAAUACAAGGUGCGUGCACAACUCCCUUUAGUUGAAACACCAACAGAUCGAGACUCGAGCGAUAAGAAAACUUUGUACCGGAAUUAAGUAAUGAAAAAAGAAGUUUAGGUGAUUGAGAUAUUGACGGAAAAUAACGAGCCGCCAGAACUUUGGGUUCAUUUGUGUCGAAAUACAGUUUCGAUGCUCCGGUGUGUGCGUGCGUGAGUGUUUUUAAUCCAAAUUACGAGUACUUUUAUUCGAAGGGCUUAUACGAGAAACAAGCACGUUUUAUGCUCGGUCGUUGUCGACAGUCUAUAGUGUUCGGUCACGUGGAUUAAGGCCACACGCGGGCUUUGCACAAUAUAUACAUGUGUCUCCAUAUGCAUACAUGAAUUUAUUUGUGUACACAUGGCUUGUAGAGUACAGCAGUGAUCGGCGAAGAGAGCGAGAGAGAGAGGGAGAGAGAUUUCAACCUACUACUGUUCGGGUAGUGGUCAACCUACGACACAGUGCGGUUACAUCGUGAUGGUUCAUCACCCCCUUCAACUUCAAGCUCCUGCUCGUAGUUCUGCAUCCCUUGUCCUGUCCUCAUCCCAUUCCUGUCAGAUACCAACGUUUCACUAGCUACCAUCAUUAACGGAGCUAUUUCACCGCUGGAACUGAUAGCUCUGUGUCAUUACACCGAUUCCCUCGAUCCGUAGAGGCUAGACGAGAUUCACCGUCUUACAGGGAGCUCAAUUGAAGGCGACGUUCGUGACGACCCGAGGAAACCUCAUUCAAUCAACAAUCACGAAUGUCUCUCUGAGCCUAUUUUCCUGUCAUUAAAAAAUACGAGCCUUCGAGACGUCUCCUUAAGGGAUGAAGAAUGCGAGGCAUUUUUCCAACGAUACACGAAACGCCGGGGAAUAAAUUGACGACAGUUUUCAUUGUGAUUCGUUUUAUUUCGGGGUUAUUCAUUUUUUAACCGGUGAAAUUAACUAUUAAAAGGAGGAAUUAUUUUCCCUAUGGACACACGUUGCAUCGACGCUUAAACGAGAGUCGAUGUUCUCGAGCCGGAGACACGUCAAUCGCACACUCUACCAUUGGACGUUAAAGGGACGAGAGCUGCAAGAAGGUCGUAUGGAAUGGCACCGAGGCAAUCGGAGUACACGGCACUGCCGAUAGCGAUAGCAUUCCUCAAUCUUUUGGCAAUAACGAGCGUGACGUCGAGCGGUUUGUGUCCAUCGCGCUGUCAUUGCGAGGACGAACAUCUGCGUGCCUCGUGCAAAUACGCCGGUCUCGAUGUCGUCCCGAUACAAUUGAAUCCGGAAAUUCGUCAUCUCGAUUUAUCGGGAAAUCGAGUGGCGAGUCUACACCUGACGUUUGGUUUUUACGACAAUCUCGAGAGUCUGAAUUUGAGCUCGAAUUUGAUACACAAGCUUGGCAGUGAAAAUUUCGUUCUCCAGCAGCGCUUGACGAGCUUGAAUUUGAGCAACAACGCGAUAAGAACAUUGACGAAAAAUGCGUUGAAGGGUCUGACGUCGCUGCGCGAGCUCGAUCUAAGCAACAACAACAUAACCGACAUCGACGAGUUGGCGUUCCGGGAAACAAGCGAAUUGAAAUUUCUAAAUUUAAGCGGAAAUUCGAUAACGAGUUUGCCGGAUGGUUUACUAAGGAAUCUUCACGGUAUAGAAACACUCGUAUUACGAAGAAAUUCUUUACUCGAAAUGCCAUCUCAGAAUCUUGCGUUAGCAACGAGCUUGGAGCACCUCGAUCUUGCGGAUAAUCUUAUACAAGAGAUCGACGGGAAUUCAUUGCCGACUCUGCGUUCUCUCAAAACCCUGAAUCUCGCCAACAACGUAAUAAGAAACAUCGGGGAUGACGCUUUUGCGAAUCUUCCGGCCCUCUCGCAUCUCGAUCUUCAGGGCAACAAUUUAACAACGGUACCGACCGAAUCAUUGGCAAGAUUGAGUGUACUGGCGAGUCUUGUGCUCGGACGAAAUCCGCUCGAGGUUAUCGAGACAUUGGCUUUCCGCAAUUUGUACGAGCUCAAGAGCCUCGAUCUGCAGAGAUGUAUGAUCGGAAAAAUAGAGCCACGCGCCUUUGCCGACAACGUAAAUCUCGAGCGCAUCAAUCUCGACGGUAAUCACGAACUCGCCGAAUUACCAGGACGGAUACUUUACAACGCGCGUUAUUUGAAGUACGUAUCUUUGCGCGGAUGCGGCCUCGCCAGUUUGCAACCAACAGAUUUUCCGAUCGACGCUUUGUCCGUUUUACGCGUCGGCGGUAAUCCGUUCGUUUGUAAUUGUUCGGUUCACUGGUUAUGGAAUGUCAUCAACGCCGAAAAGUUGAGAAACGAGACGAGGCUCGAAUUGGACGCGAAAGAGAUUGUGUGCGCCGACGAGGAAUAUUCGGGCAAAGCUCUCUCCUCUCUGUCCGAAAGUUCACUCCGAUGUCGGUUGAGUCCGUUGUACUUGUCACUUACAGCGAUCGGUUGUCUCGUCGCGACCGCGACGAUACUCGCUCUCAUAGCUUAUGUGACGCGAGCCAAAAGGAGAAAGAGGCCCGCUUACGCACCACCGAACAGACCCGAAUUGUUAGUCUACGUUGGUCGUGGCCACGACGAGCCUGACAAAAACCCCGAGUCGUACAGUAGACGUUUGAUAGCCAGAAACGAGGAAGUGCUGUACGAUCUGCCUCGUGCCAAACCCCCCCUCGAAUCUUCGCCGCAGCAUCGUUUCGACACUUCUCUACCGGAACCAACGAGUUUCUACCAAACCUCGAGAUAUCCCAGUGUCAAUACUCAUCGUGAAACUUACGAAACUUGUACACCGGCAAGGAACACGCCGGAUGAACGUUACGAUCAGCAGCGUAGAAACAACGAGGAUGUUGGUGUUUACGCUGUUGCCGAUGUAACCUCCCUCAGAGAAGCUCCACCGGAAGUACUUUCACUCUACAGAAUUCAAAGCCCAAAACCAUCAACUAGAUCGAGAAUUAUUCAACAACAACAACAAACUAGAUUACCAAGGACAAACGGUGAUUACGAUUACGAGUACGACUACGACUACGAAUACGAGAGAACCACCAUACCGGAAAAACCGCACGUCGUAUUUGUUUGAAAACUUUUACACAACGAGACGCGUUUGUUUUGUUUGCGAUAAAAGCGAAAGAGAGAGAGAGAGAGAGACAGAGAGAGAGAGAGAGAGAGCGGAGUCAUAAUGGUCUAUGAUCUUUUGUUUUGCGCUUGCUAUGAAUUAGUGAUUGGAAGGAUGAACUUCCGGAUGAAAAAGAAAAAAGAAAACUCGAAUGCAUCAAUCGUUGCGUUUUCAUUUGAAAAUGCAGCUCCAUCAGGAUCUUCGUUUCCGACCUAAACUUUGGCAAAUUGUUUUUAUUGUUGUUAUCGUUGUUUUAUUUGGUCAGUGAUGCACGAAUAUACCGGACUUCCGGUUCGUUGGUUCUUCGAAACCGCGUGAUCGAUUUCUGGCCUUGCUAUUUCAGAGUGCUAUUUUCUUUUGUAUGUACGAGCGAGUGACCGUGUGAAUGCACGUUUGUGUGUACGAGCGCCUCAAGGCUCUGAGCGAUCGAGAGCGAAAUCUCAAUUUUGCCUUUGCCCUCAUCCCUCGAUCCGAUAAUCUUUGCUCCUUAUCCGAGAAAGCGCCGGACUUUGAGGAAUGUAAUAUGCUGUACCGUUUUCACUCGCCUCGUUCGACGCGCCGGAGUCAUAGUAAAGUUGAGAUCAAGAAGAUCGACUGAAAGCAAGACCCGUCUAUCAAAGCGUAAAGAAGAAGAGAGCGGUAGACUUCGCUCAACGUUUGCACAAAGUUUCGGAAGUCAUGUUUACGGGCCAAUGCCAACGAAUUCGUAGCCUUUAUUCUGAAUACACGAUCCGCGAGGGCUGCUUUUUCUUCUCGUUUGCAACCUAUACGACGUGCGAUUUACGAUCCGUUCAAUACCGCCGCGGCCCUCUCCCUCUCUCACUUUCUCUUGUAAACUUUGUUCCCAGUGCCAAUGAAUAUUUAUAUAUAAAUAUACACAUAAGCAAUGUAAAAAAAUGUAUUACUGCGUAAUAAUUGCACGAAUGUUGCGCCGAUCGAAACUUCGAAUUUAAUGACACUAAUAAAGCGGGUAAUAUAUCGAAUAAGAUGCAGGUUGCGAUAAACAAUUCCCCAGAUACGGGAAGAUCACACUCAUAUUACUACGAAUACUCUAUAAAUCAUUUGAUUCGAGAGUCACCGUUGCCUUACGUUAUAAUUGAAUGAGUUUUAUUUUCAUUUCGUUUCCCUCCGCAACGAUUGAUCGAAGCAAUUAAUCAAACACUAAAUAUGAUUUUGUUAUGUUCGAAAAAAAAAAAAAAAAAAUACUUCGAUUGAACGGGACAGAGAAGAAAAUUUGCAAUUAUCUAGAGACACAGCGGCGUCUUGACGCCGAGGUAUUAAAAAUAACGUGAAGUCGAAGUGGCCGCAAUUUGUUGCGAAUUUUAUAAAUACAAUUGAAUCUCGCGAAUUUGCCUUUUGAAUUAUGAUCGAAACUGAUCGGAUCUUGGAACGUGCAUAAAUUAACGUGUGUAAUCAUUCCAGUUAUUCGCAACGCGAGCAGACGCGUUCAAUGAAACCGUAGGGCAAUGAGUACUUAAAAUAUAGGCCAAUAAGCGUAUACGCGAAUGAGAGUAUAAAAGUCUUCCGAGAUUGCGUAUGUACGUACACAUAUUGUAUGUACAUGUAUUUAUAUAUGAGUACGCGCAUACAAAGCCGAGAGAACAUUUUCAGCACGUUUGAGUGACACUAAUCAAAGACACAGUGCGGACGGAACGAGAGAAGAGAUCAUCUCGUUGGGGCACACGGGUAUAUAUUAAGCUGACACACAUCUAUUUUUUGUUCGUUCAGUUUUUUUCCUUAAUCAUGGCCCGUUAACGAACGCGGUCGGAACAAAAUUAUAUUUCUUUUGCUCCCCCCACCUCAUGCGCCCCUUAAGAAUCUUGCGUGAUUCCGAGUCGUAUAGAACGAAGGAGCGAGGGUGAAAGGGGACCGAGAACAACAAAAAACAGCCACCCACAUACACGUACACGCAACAACAGACACGCUUGUACAAUUUUGUACACGGAUAAUUCAAAGAAGCGGGAGAAGACGGAACGUCGCGCGCGCGAGAAAAACGAGAAUUGGCUCGCCGGAGAAGAGACACUCGUGAACGGAUAUGGCGGGAGGCAUCGGUUGGCAAAUGCCAUUGGUUGAAUCGAAAGGGUGCCAGCCAGGGAGACAUAAAAAAAUGGUGAAAAUAAGAGAAAAAGUAACUCGAGUAAAAAAGAUCUCUCGCCUCGUCGCGUGAAAAUCUCGCGCGUUCGACAAACGACCCGGAACGGGAGUUCGCGAUACCGGAAGUCUCGGAACGAAGCUGUGGAUGAGAGCACCGAGGAAUAUGCUUCGCGCCCAGGGCGGCGGCGGUGCGAAAUAUAGAGUUAAACUUGCUGGGAGAACAAGACUGAGAGCUGCGGAGAGCGAAAGAGACGGAAGGACUAACUACUGAUGCGUUGGGGUCGAGGACCGGAAAACAAGUAUCGUACUGUCGGACUGCCAUCAACCCUAACCAUAACUCCAUAUUGGAAUCCUCGGUAUAUUCCUUUUUCACCAGUGCGUCUACGAUCUUUCGCCUCGAUUUAUCAUCUGCCCUCUUGCCCUCUGCUCUCGUCCGCGAAUAUCGAAAUGCGCGGAUACCUUAAUCUUGAAGCAAUAUAACAAAUAACAGUUCGUUAUAGGUUGAGUAAAUAAAAAGCAAACGAAAAUGUAACACGAGACACGCCUCCGAUUCAUUGUAUUUUUGCAUUAUUCACGAUUUUUACACGCCAAAAUACACAUGAAAACACAUGCGGUAAGGUAACACGUUGCACAUGGGUCAACUGCUAAAAAUCGUUAUUCGCAAAACCGUAAUGAAGCGAGCAUUUGUCUCGACUUUUAGCAGGAGACUCGUAUGCAUAUUAUGUAUAAACGAUUAUUCUAUUCAUAUAUUUAUUUAUUAAUUCAUGCGAUGUUACGUUUGGAACGAGAUGUUACGUUUUUAAUGUCGAUUAUACCUAUGGGAAAAUAGAACGAAUAAAGUAUGUAUGUUUUCAACAAACUCGUAUUAACCCUCUCAGACCGAGGCCUAUUUCACGCAUUGAAGGAAAAUUAUUCCCUUCAUAAUUUUAUCUCAAAAUACUUUCUUUACGAAUGAAAAUUUAAAAUGGAAAGGAAAAUUUACGAAUGAAUCUACCUUAAAUGCAUCAUAUUAGCUUACCUUUCAAAGGAUUCAAAGGCUUGGGGAGGGGGGUAUGAAAAACAAAUGUGUAAUCACUUUUCUUUUGUGAUAACUAAAGCACGUUUUCACACAGCAGCGCCAACUUAACACGAAGCUAACCUUGCUUGAUGGAACUGGGCAGUUAAAAACUCGACCUUACUGAUCGAUGCCGUUUUAUGAGGCCUGGAAGCGUGUGUCGCGUACAAGCAACAUACGGUCCGAGAGGGUUGAAAAUAAAAACAAACGAACGAUAACGAAUGAAAACGCAUGUACCCUUUUACGAAGGAGUAUCGAGGAGAAAAAAGCAGAUAAACGGUUUAUCGGUGGUGCGGAGCAACGAAUUGUAAAAACGGGAUAGGCUAUUUUUCAACUGACCCUUUCUUUCAUCCUCAAUCGACAGGAAUUAAUUUGACAGGAUUCAGCACUAUCGGUCCUCAAAAAAUCAGUGUAGAAUAAAAUUUGUCUGCAAUACACUACGAUGUACUUCUCUUUUGGCUAUGAGUAUUUUUUUGAAUUUGAAAGAAUCAUUUGAGACAGGAAAGAAAAAGGAAUUCGGGCGUAUAUUUUAAGAGGAAGAUAGCCCGCGGUAAAAGUAGGUAUAAAUCAGUGUCUAAUUGAUUAUAAAUGACUGUAAUUAUUUUCUAUCGUAAUUAGGAAGCGUUGUUAACGGAUUUUUAAAUUCGAAUCCAUCUACUCCGUAGUGCUGUAUCCAACUUAAAUAAUUCUCUUCUCGGAGCCCGUGAACCUCCGAGGUUUUCCAACCAUUCCGAGGGCGGGGGUUUAACCCGGUAAAUUCUUCGGGUGGCAUUUCGCCCGAGCUAGUUAGUCAUGGCUCUUAGUCAUGCUCCGUGCAUCUUGUGUUUGGGUGAUGCCUUCGAAAUGGUAAAAGGAAAGAGAGCACUUGGGUUUAAGAAAGAAUGAGAGAAAGAAGGGCAAAGAGAAGUGAUGAAAAUGAGAUUUUCCCUUUUUAUCUCUCUCUCUCUCUUUCUCUCUUUUCCCCAAUCUUCACACGACACGAAAAUUCACUCUCGUUUCUUUUUUUUUCGAAUUCUUUCCUCCUUUUUUUCCCCAUUUUCACGUGUAAUAUUCCUUGGAACUUUAUUCCCUUGUCAUUUUACCGCGAAGCUUCCUUCUUGGCCCAUCUAUUUAAUCUGUUUUCAGCGGACUGCCGGUUGGUCGCUAUUUUUGUACACGACAAAUCUCUCCCUCUGUUUCUUCUCUUCUGUCUCUUUCUUUCUUUUUGUCACAUAGCUCCUAUACAUAUAUUAAUUUCACACGACUAUUUCGGUCCACAUAACUCCGAUUUUCUCACUCUCCAGAAUAGACAACCCGCAGAAUAAUGCUUAUAUAUUUGAAAAAAAAAUAUAUAUAUAUAUAAAUUAGAAAGAACGGAGAUGAAAUAAACGUGCUGAAAUUACACAUGUUUUCAUCCCGAUGUAUCACUCUGUCCUGUCCAAAUUAAUUGUCUCUGUAUAUACACGUCUUCGUACUCGAUAGACCCAUCUGUAUCAACAUGUUGCUAUUACCCUAAAGCUCAAUCCCCUUUCCUCAUAUAUGUACAUCUCUACGCUAUAGUAUAUAACGCACGUGCCGUUUUACGCCAAGUCCUCGAAUCUCCGGCACAUUAUGCUUCGCUUUUAUCGCUCAUUCGCUCAUUUUCCUUUGUCGUUACCUUAUUUUUGUUUCAUAAACGAAUCUAAUGGUUGUUGAGUUUUAAAUUCCAGCGAAAUACCAAAUAAAAAUGAAUGAAUUAAAAAUUUAACGUCGUAUUUCAUUAUCGGUGGUCAAUUAUCGAUGGACUGUCCGAAAACGGUGGUUACACGAAGAUUUCGUCACAGAAAUUGCAUUCAUUAAUCACCGUCACCGAAGUAUACGGACAUUUUUUUAGUCACCCAGAGACGUUUCAAUGACUGUGACGCUACCGUGUCUAAACUCAUCGUCAACGAGACAUAAAAACCGAUUAAAAAUCGAUGGUAACAUGCGCGUCGAUGUAUAAUCAGAAUGAAAAAUCUCUGGGCAUGAACGAUCUCUCGGUCUCGUUCCCGCGUCUCUCCGAACUUUGCGAGAUAAAUUGUUUUCGCGGUUCGUUUGAUAUUUUCUCGAGUGAGUCACAAUUGGGACCAGCCGCGUCCCGGGACUGAUCUUUUGUCGGGCUCUCUCCGUUCGUUACGUAUGUUUUAACCUAUAUCAUGUUUUUUAUCGGGCUUGAUUUCGGUAGAAAAAAAUGAGAUUUCGAACAUCUCAGGCCACAAAGUUUUUUUAUCGUUAACACUUAUUGGCAGCAAAUAUUGUAGUAUCAUCUUCAAAAACUUUUCGGCACGACCGAUGCACUCGGAAAAAAUGCUAAACAAUAAUCGACGUAACGAGUUAUGAAUAAGGUUUAUAAAACUACGAUGUAAUCGUCAAUUUGUGUAAUUCCGGCGAUUCGCUACCUUCGCGCUCGGAAUUAUUUCGAUUGGCAAAACUAAGUCGCGAGUGCAUUCAGACUACAAAUAUUUGGGCUCGAUCCCAUGCCAGAAUAUUUUAAUUAAUCCUAUAUUAAAAUUUCGUACAUUGCUAUUAAAAAAAGAAAAGAUGAAAAUGAAAACAGUAAGAAAAUAUUGUUCAAAACUUGUAAUAAAAUUAUAUUGUAUAUUGAGUA